UAAAAACAUUUAAGCGAUUAGUUAUUUUUUAAUUAAAUUUAUGCAGUCGAACCAGUGGAAAUAAUAUACCUAGUAUCAGAAUGAACCGGUUCUUGUGAGAGAUAGACGUAACUUUGUGUCACGUUUAUUAAAUCCACGGCUGUUAAUCCUUAUAAUGUUAAAAAGACAAAAACGUUGAUUCCUAAUUAACAUUUUUGAAAACCGAAAGAUUCAAUCAUGCGACGGUAUAACACGUAUUCAAUAUGCUUAAUAUUUAUGCUCAGCAUCUCUGUCUUUAUUAUCGGCACUCAAUAUAUCGACAAUAUUAUUUACCUCACAUCCACUGAACGUUGGAAAAGCAUAAAGGUAAUAAUCAAAGUUGAAGAUGGUGACGACUCAUAUGUACAAGAAAUACCAAUCAAGUUCUACCAUACUGUUAAUUAUAGCGCGACAAAUAAAGAAGAUAUACACACUAUCACGAAUGAAAACCAGUCCCAAGACUUGACAGUCACAAAUAACGCAUCCACUUUGACACACAAACAAACACAUUUGGCUACAGACCUCGAAAAUAUAUUGGAUAAAGCACGAUCAGACAUACGACGACAGCUCUCUAACUACAACUUAUCAUAUUCAGGUGCUCAUACCUUAGAAGAUUUAGUCAUGGAAUCUGAAGGAAGCCCGAUAAGGACACUCGUUAUAUCAUCAUGGAGAUCAGGAUCUACAUUUCUCGGUGACCUUGUGAAUUCUAUUCCAAGUAACUAUUAUCAUUACGAACCCCUCCUAAUGUACGGAACUAAACAAAUAAGGAGUCCAAAUGAUGCGACUGAGGCCUUGAGCAUUGUUAAGCGUAUGUUCAAAUGUAACUUCGAAGGUUUGGACGAGUAUUUUGAAUUUGAAAGUAAAGAUUUGUCUCUAUUCAGUCACAGUACUAGAUUAUGGGACUAUUGUAAAGAUGACAAAACCAACGACCUUUGUUUCAACGCGCAAUUUAUAUCAAGAAUGUGUAAACUUUUUCCCUUCCAAAGUAUGAAGCUUGUACGGUUAAGAUUACGUCUUGUCGAUGAAAUAUUGAAUGAUAAAGAGCUUAAUGUAAAGGUGAUACUGUUGAUGCGUGACCCUCGUGGUCUGAUGCAGUCGAGACGUCAUCGGCGGUUCUGUGAGCUAUCUUCGGACUGCUGGGAGCCAUCACUUGUUUGUGCUGACAUGGUCAGCGACUACGUUGCGGCUCGCAGCAUAAUGCAGCGAUAUCCAGGCCGGCUAUUGGUGAUAAGAUUCGAGGACUUAGCACUGAAACCUGAUGUAACUACGCAACAAAUUCUGGAUUUCAUGAGAGUUGAUGGAAGGAAGGCAUUUGACGAGUUCUUGAAGUCCCACACCAACAUGGAGGUGGCUGGAGUGCACUCCACGUUCAAGGUCACCCGGAACAUUCCUCUCAAAUGGAAGUACACGUUGGAUUACAACUACGUCGCAGAUUUACAAAUAGCCUGUAAAGAAGCCAUGCGUUUAUGGGGUUAUAAAAUGGCGUACAACGAGACACAUAUGAUGAGCAACGAGUUCAACCCCGUGGAGGAUUACAGCAUCUCAAAAUGAAACCACCAUGCGUGGUUCAGUGAACAUUUUACUCUAAAAUAUUACGUCAGCGUGUUUAGACGCAGAAUUCUCGAUAUUAUACUGUAUGGUUUCUUGAAAAGCGGUAUAUUAUUUGGGAACUAUUUUUAUCGUCAUCUGCCAGUGUGUAUUUAUAACGCAGUUUGAAUAAAAAAAUAAUCUUGUUUCCUUAUUUCAAUUUAAAAUUUCAAUCUUAUUAUCGAUUUUCGAAGGCCUAACGAAGAGUUAUAUUUUUUAUUGAUUGCUACGAGGUAGGUAAUUCAGGUAUUGCUGUAGGUAAAUCAAAAAGUGUAGUAUUAUACAUAGGCGUAGUAUUUCACUUUAUUACACUCAUGGCGAUAAUAGCAUCCACAGCAGCUGUAGUUACUAAUUAUGAAGCCAAUAAUAUACAUUAGCGCACCUAAUUGCUUCUCUGUCCCAAAUCACUAGUUAAACUCAAUAAACUAGAUGCCAUUCACAUAUGUAAAGGUAUUUUGCAUGAAUGCGACAUAUUUUAUUAAUUGUAAACAAAAUUGACGUAUGUGUAGUAUGAGGGUAUUUAGUAUGCGCCCUAGUUGUAUGUUAUCAUAAAUAUCUUUGCAUGUGUGCCCUUAUUGGCCUACAUGUUGUCUUGAAUAACUAUUAUCGCAAUGGCAGUUGAUUAAC